CACAGAAGGAGUUACUCUACUGUUCUCUCCCAACAAAAAUCUUGGUGCGAGCUUAGUGAAGAACUAUCAGUCUAUAGGAGGCUUGAUAUUACCUAUAGGAGGCUUUAUAUUACCUAUACAUUUAAGAUGGGCGACCAGGAUGUUUAUGACAGAAUGUCAGAGUCCCAGACAGACAGAGAGAUGGACAAAGAGAAAGAUGGAGAAGGAGAAAGUGAAACGAGGGGUUCGGGGAAAGGCGCUCAGAGUUUCUGCCAGUUCUCGUCCUCUCUGCGUACUGUGGUUCGCAUCAAACAGAAGUACCAGGCCAUGAAGAAACGACGGCUGGAGUUGACCGGGCUGGGGGAAGGAGGGCAAGUGUUAGGGGCUGGUCUCCUGACUGGGGCCCCUGUUCGCAGCAGCCCCAAAAUCUUCACCUUCGAUACCCCUUCCAGCUCCCCCUUGGCCUUCUCGUCGCUCUUCCUAAAGAUGAAGAAGAAGAAGUCGCGGCGGGUCAUGUUCCCCAGUGGAGGGGGGCGCAGAGCCCCCGUCGUACAGGAACACAGCCGAGCAAAGAUCUGCCUCUUCCUCCUCUGCACCAUCCUCUUCUUCCAGGUGUAUAAUGCCAUAGAGAACCUUGACGACCACGUCCUGAAGUAUGACCUGGGGGGAUUAGAGAAGACUCUGUGUAGGGAGGUGUUUGGCCAGCAGGGGGCGAUGGAUGCUCUGUUAGCCCAGCUCAGAGACUACCUCUCUACGUAUGUCCACAGUAAACCCCUGGUCCUCUCCUUACACGGACCCAUUGGCGUGGGGAAGAGCCACGUAGGACGACUCCUGGCUGGGCACUUCCGCUCGGUGGUGGGGGAGCCCCUGGUUCUACAGUACUUUGUGUUGCACCACUGCCCCCUGGAGGACGACGCCUGGCGCUGCGCCCGAGCCCUGUCGAUCUUAGUGUCGGAGAUAGCGCUGAGAGCAGAGGAGGAGGAGAAAAUUCCUCUAUUCAUCUUUGACGAAGCAGAGCACCUUUACCCAGAGCUUCUUGAUGCACUGAGUGACCUGGUCCGCUCAAACCGCUCCAACGAAUACCUGAACGCAGUCUACCUGUUCCUUAGCAACCAAGGACACACCCACAUCACCAUGCACCUGCUGUACAACUCCUCCAGCGACUCCAUGAUGACCGCAUCUGCACACCACGGCAAACUCGUCAAGGAGCUGAAUCCGUUGUUGCGCAACACUCUGGUGAAGCUCCACCCACUGUGGGCGGAAGCUGAACUCUUACCAAUGACCCUGCUGGAGAAAGGUCACGUGAUGGAGUGCUUCCUGGAUGAGAUGACAAGGGAGGGGUUCUACCCGGACCGUACCAACGUUGAGAGGCUGGCGGGGGAGAUAGAGUAUUACCCUGUGGUAGGGGGCCGCGUGUACGCCCGGACAGGUUGUAAACAGGUGGUAGCUAGGGUCAACCUGCUAUGAGAGACUUAGAACUGCAGGGGAAUGUUGUGAAUAGAUGAGAGAGACAUGUCUUCUGAGAAAAGACAGUUCUGGACAGUCAGUGGUGUUCCAAAAACUAUUCUGGUCCAUAGCCUUUUGGUGUAUCUUAUGAUCCAUCAAGCAAACAAAGCCAACGUUGCUAGCCAGAACCAUCAUUGAAAAAACAAAAAAGUGUAUGUCUGAAAAUGAGGAGUAUCUCCAUGAUGAAGGCUAAUCAUGUCUGAUAAUCAUAUUUUUUCUACAUUCUGUAACUAAAACCUCCUAAACGAGCCCCUUGGUUACUGGAUGAAUAGAUAAUUACCAUGUUGGUGAGGUUUGGAUAAUAUCCUAGCCUGCAGAGUGAAGAGUCACAAUCAGGAGUUGUAAUGGUGAAACACCGCUGUGCCCAUUCUCCCACGAUGCUGUUAGUCAAACUACUGUCGGUAAUCCACAGACCCACUCCCAAUAGAGGACGAGAGAAGUGAUUGGACCAGUGAUUGGACCAAAUGAGUCUGGCUGUGGCAAUGAUAACUGCAGGGCCAAGAGCAGCUCAGGAAAAUGUGAUGCAGUAUUUUACAUAUUUGUAGUCCCUAUCACAACUAUUCUUACUUCAGUGUUAACAGACCAUGAAAAUAUGCUCAUGUCUUCUGAGAAACAAAAGACAUGACAUCAUCAAGUCAAUGUGUUUAUUUAUUAGAAUUCCAUUACUUGAGGUUGGAAAAAAUUUGGUACUGUGUCCAAACACACAAAAUGAAAGAGAUUCAGAAUUAUAAUUCCAACAAAUGGAAAGAAAACAAA